AUGAAGUGGACCGCUAUUUUGAUCGCUCUCAGUGCUGUCUCUACCCAGGCUCUCGAAUCGCGCGACUUCGAUGGCAAGGUCACUUGCGGUGGUGGCUUGCCUGCCGAUUAUAAAGCAAUCAAGGGUGGUAUCGAUUAUCUAAACGGCGUUGGUGGCACACCUGUGGAAGACCCGAAUAAGUGUGGCCGGGUGAGCUGCUCCUAUAAUUCGGCCAUCUACAUGUGUAACUGGGCACUGUUGGGAAGGUCGAGGCUCCAAAUGGAUGGGGUGUGGAGGUUGCCUAUGCUAGCUUUCGAUCUUGAGAUGUGUUUAAUCUGCUGCUUGUCCUAA